UACUCUACAGACAGAAAAAGCUCCCGACUCUGUUAAUUGUAUAUUYCUUUAUAAGGACUAAGGCUUCUUCUAGAUGAGCCUGCAAGAUCAAACCCACUGCCCUCGAUGUGGUGCGUUGCUAGACAACCACGAAUACCUGAAGUUUACGACUCAAGAAAACUACGAGUCUUUGAAAGACACUUCAAAACAACUUGAAAUGACGACUUUAAACGGCUCUGGACUUUGCUCAAAGUGCUUGGAAUCAGAGAUGAAUCUUCAAGGCUUUAAUUCACCUUUUAAAUUCUCAUCUCCAAGACGAAGAAGGCACUCGUCUUCAGACUCAGAGCUUUUAUCUGAGAGGUUAACAAAAAGCGAAAAGGAAACUGCGAAUACAGAUGCGAUAGAGAAGUUCCUAUCAGUUUGUUUGCAGCAGUUUGAAUCAUAUUCCCGCAGCAAGAAUCAUAAUGGAGGUCACAACCUUGGCGUCCAGUUAAAGGAUGCUUGCAGUACCACCAACGAUGACCGACCGAUCGAUUUAACGACAUGUGCCGACAAGUCCCCGACAGUGUGUCGGUACUGCAAACGACAGACGAAGCCAGGAAUACAAGGAUUGAAGAGGGAUCCAAAGUAAACCUCGCGAAUCACUUGGAAAAAAUGCUCGCUGAUCAUCUUCACUUGGCGUGCGAAGUCGUCGAUGAUCAGAAGAUUGAGCUGGAGAGGCAAGCUGAUAGGUUACGGCUGCAAGACCAGGCAAUCGUCCAGCUCAACGAUACAGUGGUCAAAAUUAAACAACUCUUUGACCAGCAGGUUAAACUCCGUGAAAACCAAGAUAAAGCAAUCGAAAAACUCAACGAACAGCUAAAAGAACACAAGAAGAAUUCAAGCAAACAUUUCUAUUGAACAGUGCUCAACAUAAUCGAUAAAUCACUUUAAUAAAACAGAAACAAAAUGAAACACAGUAAUGAGACAUACAGCGCUUCAGUAUUAUAUCAGGACUAGUCUCCUUCACGCUUACGUGCGCCAUCUUGAAAGGUAGCCGUGCCUUUGCAUCGAAGCAAAACAAUCGUUGAGCAUGCAAUGAUAGAUGCCUGUGAAUAAUUGUCUGUAGGUGUGAAAGAAGGUUUCUAUCAUUGCAUGCUCAACGGUCGUCUCGCUUCGAUGCAAAGGCACGGCUACCUUUCAAGAUGGCGCAGGGAACCGUGAAGAAGACUAUGGUGAUGCACAUGCCUCAGAGUCAUUCAUAAUAAAGCCAAUGAAUUUUGGUAAUAAUCGUUUCGCCGUCAUAAGUCUGCUUUAAGUUGUACAAAAUUUGGACACAAAAAAAUUAAAAAGAAAUUUUGGAGAAAUUAAAGUCAAAUCGUCGAUCAAGUAAAUAAUUKUUACGCUUUUUGUAACGCUUACUUUGUUGAAGUUGCGUUACUUUUGAAGGURCCUGGAUAGUGUGCACGUCGGUAGAGUUUUAUUAUUGAAUUUUAGUUUGAAGUCGGAGAUUUUGCACUUCGAAAAACGAUUACCUUUAGUGAGCUAGUUGAUCAAUUGAAAUAAUUAAAAUUAAUCCUCCUGAAAAAAUCCACUUGCUAAUASAUCGAAGCCUUUUCUUUUCAACUUCUCCGUAAGUCUCCGUCSAGUGAUCCARGGAAGGUUUCAUUGCCUUCUCAAAGGCUCACGGGAAGAGAGGUGAUUAAUGAAAAUGAAGAAUAAAAAAUCAGCAGCCAGGUGUAAAUGUGAUGUAAUUUUAUUACAAUUGUCUGACGAACAUCUCUAUUAAAAUCUUAUUUUUUUCCAACUUUCUCAGUUUUUAAACUUAAAACUUUCUUAAAAUGAUGUUCAAAUUUGGACAAUAUUAUUAGAAUUUAGCUUAAAAAUCGUUAAAAUAAUCGAUAAAGACAUCUACAUAAUAUUUUUAAAUAAUGCUUUACAAUUUAUAAAAGGUAAAAAAUCAUAUAUUUUUUUCUGUGRUUCAUAUCAAACAAUUCCUGUACAUAUUGGCACGGGAUCCCUGUGUUUUGGUCUGGUAUUUCGGUGCACUUCCAAAUAAGGUAAUAUCACCAUAUAUGGCCACGUCCACAAAAAAACCGAAUAGUCUCCUUCACGGUUACCUGCGCCAUCUUGAAAGGUAGCCGUUGAGCGUGCAAUGAUAGAAACCUUCUUUCACACCUAGCAGACAAUUAUUCACAGGUUUCUAUCAUUGCACGCUCAACGGUCGUCUCGCUUCGAUGCAAAGGCACGGCUACCUUUCAAGAUGGCGCAGGCAACCGUGAAGGAGACUAUUAGUAUCUCCAAAGCAAUUGUUUGGUAUGUCAAAAAGAAAAAAAAGMAACCCUACGCUUCCCGGUGUUUUGAAAAUCCCGUUCAUUCGGGCCAUAGAAAUCCCGUUGUAGUACAGGAUGAUUUUUGUGGAACGUUUUCGUAUUUGCUACCGGAAAUGAUGUAACCGGAAGUGACGUCAGAGCAACGUUAUAAAUUAUUUCACUUUUAUGCAUAUCUGCGUUUUUCUAUUAAAAUAUCUAAAAUCUC